AGACCAGCAGCUACUGGGGUGGUGUUGGGGGAUGGGGUGCUCUCUCAGUAACUGGAGUUCCCCAAGGCUCCAUUGUUCCCUCCCCCGGGCCCCCACACUCCAGAACCCCCUCCACCAUGGGCCUACCCCACCACUAGCAGGUGAAGCAGUAGGCAGGAAGAAACCCCUAAAUGCAUUCGUGGCAGGGGAGGAGGGAAGGGAUCUAGGCAAAGAUGUGUCUCUGCCCCUCUAGCUGUCUGAGAGAGGAGACAUAGCCCCCAUCCUCUGCAAACUCCAAUCCGAGCAGAACUGGUCGGACAGGGAGUCCCUCUGAAUGCUGCAGUCAGCACAGGAUGCCCGACCCCUGCCUGGGGGCCAGCAGAGAUCCCUGUAGGGCUUCCUGUUCCCCAAAAGCAGCCCAGGCAGCCUGGAGGCUGGGAAGCCCCCCAUACACACACCUGCACACACGCACACACACACACAGGCCCCACCCUGGUUCUUGAUGAUUCCUUCCUCCUGCUGGCAGGGGCUGAGGCACUUCUGUAGAACCCACCUCCCAGAGGUGGCCCAGGUCCCAGGGCUGGGUUGAGCUGGCCUGUCCCAGGGCUGUACACCCUCCCUGCCCAGGUCUGAGGCCUCUGUGGGUGCUCCUGCCAGGGGCCAUGGCAGGUGGGCAGAGGAUGGAGAGGGCUGAAGAGGGUGUCAGCCCCCCCACCCCACCGCCGAUAGGACACUUCUGUACACUCACCAUGUCUGCCCUGAGCAGCCCCUUAUGUGCAGACACCCCAUGCGGUGGUCCGUGGGCACCGGGAUCCCACCAUUGGGAGGAUGGACCUUCCCCACCGCCCCUGGGAUGCCUCCUGGUGGGUCCACAUCGUGUGCAGGUGUGCGUGCUGCCAUCUACACGCGUGCCUGGGUCUAGGCGGUCAGAGGGCAUCUGUGCAUCUAUGCACAGCUCUGGGAAGCUGGUGAUCCGUGCUUGCUUGUGUGGUGGGAUGUGGGGUUUGUGUGCAUGUGUGUGAACUCUGAGAACCCGAGGCCACAGAAUUGCAGACUCUCUGAUUCAGCCACUGCCCCCUGGGCUCAAUUUGGGGGCUGAGCGGAUAGGGAGAAGAGGGAGAGAGGACAGAGGCUCUGGGCUUCUUAACGGGUGUCCUGGGCAGAACAGGAGCCCAGCUGGGAACCCCAGUAUGCGUGUGUUCACGCGUGCACGUGUCAGUGUGGGUGGUGUGUGUGUGCGUGCGCAUAGUCUCUACUCAGGAGUGGGGGCCACCAGGCCUUCUGAGAGUCUGAGAAACAGGUCCCAGAGCAGCACCCUUCCUUACCCCAAGGCUGCCAGGAAAGCCCAGGACCUCUAAUGUGUGUCUCCUCUGGAGGCUGGGGCUCCUCACCCAGCAUGCAGUGGGGCAGGCCUAGGCUCGGAUGUGCCAGGAGGGCUCACCUGGGACCUGGCCGUGCCCACUUGGUUCGCUAAACUCUUGGGGCUGCCGCGUGCCCUUUCUCCCCUGCCUGCCCCUCCCUGAGAGGUUAGAGUAUUUGCCCCCGUUUCCCUGAGGGCCAAGCCAGGCAGAAGUCAUGACCCACCACGGUAUGAGAAGAGCUCCAAAUCAGGACCAAAUCAGGACCAAAUCAGGACCCAGACUCGCGGCCUCCUGGGAGCCUGGCCCACAGCACCCACCCUGAGGCGAGCACGGCCCCUGAACCAGUGAGCAUGGGAAGGCGAGGCUGAGUGGGACAGAGGGAUGCUGCCCCGCCAGAAACGGGAGGUGACUUUCCAGGAUCCCUAGCACAGGGGGAGGGGGCCCAGCGGAGGCCAGAAAGGGAGGACCCCACCCCUCGGUGGGUGGGGCUGAGGAGCGCCAGGACGAUGUCGCGGCUGGAGGACAGGGAGAUCUCUCUCGGUGACAGGGGAGGCUCGCGGAAGCAGGAGAGGGCAGAGUGGGGCAGGCGCGCUGGGGUCCGGAACCGGCUGCCGUGACCGCUGCUCCCCCCCUGCCCCCCCCCCCAGCUGCUUGGCGGUGACGUCCAGCGGGGCGGGGACGGAAAGGGAGCCUGGCCCUUUAAGCGGCGGGCGGCCCUAGCCCGGGUGCGCGUUGCUGCGGAAUGCGGGCUGGUGAUGUCGCGGCGCCGGGUCGGUGCGCCCCCGCGGCCCGACCCCGCACGCGCCGCCCUCGGACCCUGGCCAGAGACCGCGGCGGGAGCGGCCCCUACGCGGAGGGGGGCUUUGCCACCUUCUCCUCCUGCUUCCCUGGCCUCUGUGAGGGUAAGCCUGCUGCCCUGCUGCCCAUGAGCCUCUCCCAGCCCUGCCUGCCUGUGCCCAGUGUGGGCCUGACCCGCAUCCUGCCUCACCUCUACCUGGGCUCUCAGAAAGAUGUCCUGAACAAGGACCUGAUGACCCAGAACGGAAUAAGCUAUGUCCUCAACGCCAGCAACUCUUGCCCCAAGCCGGACUUCAUCUGUGAGAGCCGCUUCAUGCGCAUUCCCAUCAACGACAACUACUGCGAGAAGCUGCUGCCCUGGCUGGACAAGUCCAUCGAGUUCAUCGAUAAAGCUAAGCUGUCCAGCUGCCAAGUCAUCGUCCACUGUCUGGCUGGCAUCUCCCGCUCGGCCACCAUCGCCAUCGCUUACAUCAUGAAGACCAUGGGCAUGUCCUCCGAUGACGCCUACAGGUUCGUGAAGGACCGGCGCCCAUCCAUUUCGCCCAACUUCAACUUCCUGGGCCAGCUGCUGGAGUAUGAGCGCAGCCUGAAGCUGCUGGCUGCCCUGCAGGGUGACGGGGCGCCCCACCCGGGGACGCCCGAGCCCCUCCCGGGCCCUGCCGCCCCACUGCCGCCGCCGCCACCACCUACCUCAGAGAGCGCUGCCACCGGGAGCGCGGCGGCCAGUGCAGCCAGGGAGGGCGCGCCCGCCGCCGGCGGGGAGCUGCCCGCGCCCUCCGCGGCGCCCGCCACCAGCGCGCUGCAGCAGGGCCUGCGUGGCCUGCACCUCUCCUCCGACCGCCUCCAGGACACCAACCGCCUGAAGCGCUCCUUCUCACUGGACAUCAAGUCGGCCUACGCCCCCAGCCGGCGGCCCGACGACCCGGGGCCCCCCGACCCCGGGGAGGCCCCCAAGCUCUGCAAACUGGACAGCCCGUCCGGGGGCGCGCUGGGCCUGCCCUCGCCGGGCGCCGACAGCCCGGACGCGGCGCCGGAGACGCGCCCGCGCCUCCGCCGGCGGCCCCGGCCUCCCGCCGGCUCCCCGGCACGCUCCCCGGCGCCCGGCCUCGGCCUCGGCCUGAACUUCGGCGAUGCCUCCCGGCAGACUCCGCGGCUCGGCCUUUCGGCCCUGUCGGCACCUGGGCUGCCUGGCCCCGGCCAGCCGGUCGGCCCCGGGAGCUGGGCGCCGCCGCUCGACUCUCCGGGCACGCCGUCGCCCGACGGGCCCUGGUGCUUCAGCCCGGAGGGCGCGCAGGGCGCGGGCGGCGCGCGGUUUGCACCCUUCGGCCGGGCAGGCGCGCAGGGCGCAGGGGGCGGCGACCUGCGGCGGCGGGAGGCGGCCAGGGCCGAGGCCCGGGACGCGCGGACCGGCUGGCCGGACGAAACGGCGGCCCCGGAGACACAGUUCAAGCGCCGAAGCUGCCAGAUGGAGUUCGAGGAGGGCAUGGUGGAGGGGCGCGCGCGCGGCGAGGAGCUGGCUGCCCUGGGAAAGCAGGCCAGCUUCUCGGGCAGCGUGGAGGUCAUCGAGGUGUCCUGACGGCGGCCGGGGACCCAGGGCCCGGCGCUCCGCCGCCCUCGGCUCCCUGGUCUGGGCCGCCAGCAGCCGGGCCCACUAUAAAUAUAUAUUAUAUAUAAUGCAAAGAAAGGUAAAUGGUUUUACUGCGAUUUUUAUCGAGAAGUAAAUAUUUCGAUUUUUUAUUUAUUUAAGCUGUUCAUUCUGGCAAUGAUUUGGCAACAGUGCGGGCGGUCCUCGGAGCUCUAUUUUUACUGUCUGGUAUUUAAACUGAAACACUCGUUUCUAAGCAAUAUGAGGCCACCUUCAGUCCCAAGCUGGGGUGCCAGGCCUGGGGUCCCCUCCCCGCCCCCCCCUCCCAGGAAACACUGCUGACCGUUGCAAAGAGGCUGCCGAGCUUUCGUGCACUUUUUACAUAAGAAAAAGGGGAAAAAAGGAGAAAAAAAACUUUGCCACAAACUGAGCCGCAGAACCUCCCUGUCCCUCCCUGCCCCCUCUUCUGCACUCCUCCUCCUCUGCUCUUUUCUCGGGCUCUGCACCAAAGUCUAGGUGGGGGAAGUGUCCCAGGAGCUGGGGCGUGACUGAGGCAGCUCUGCCAGCCGGAGGCACCCCCACUACCUGCCCCCCUGCCGCCCCCCCAACCCCUCCCCGUUGCCUGGUCGGUGUUGACUGGCAUUGGGCCUAGAGAGGCUAGGGUUUUUGGACAGGCUGGGGGUAGAACAGGAUAGGGGCUUGGUGAACGGCGCUCUUGAGUGUCAGAUGAUGUGGGUCCCCAGGGCAGGGACAGAGGUAGGAUGCCCCCCACUCCUGCCUGAGCCCAUGUCCAGUUUCACGGGUUCAGCAAGGCUGUUCCAUGGAUGCUGCCCCCCUCAACUCCACUUUGCGGGUGCUGCCUAGCACCACCUGCCAGGUGGGGGGGGAACAACAGGAGAGGGGCUCAGCCCCUGGGGGUAUCAGACGGGAGGAGCUGGCCUAGCCAGUUUUGGCUCCACUGGCCAGAGGGCAGAUGGAUUUAGAGUCUUGUUCUGGGCUCUUCCCCCAGCCAGCCCCCAGGCCCCAGGCCAGACUUGGAAUUCAGGUAUGUUCCUGCAGGUGGAGGGCCUCCAUGAGGAGUUGGCUGCCUUGCAUUGGGAGGGGGUGAUUAGCACUUGUCAGACCCUUACGCUUCCAGGGGAUGGGGGUCCUUAGCUUCGGGAGAGCCGUCUCCAGACAGAUAAAGACCCCUGAUGUGGGCAGAUGCAGGUGUCCCCCAUGCCUGCCCCCAGCCCCACGGGGUCCUUGGAGAAGAGCACUCCCACACUGCCCUUUUCUGGGGAGCUCUCGCUUCUGCAGCCUCCCUGGGAUCUUCACGGUGAUAUGCCAGGUGGCUUUUGGGCCCAGGUGGGCCAGCCUGGCAGUAAAGGCAGGGAAAAAGCCCCAGCUGCCCCCCGUCCCACACCUUCUUGGGUCAUUGGGACCCAUGGCUUUUGGAGGCAGGCGUAGAUGUCCCCCAACCUUCAGAUGUCCUAGAGUCUAGUGUGUGGGGGGGUUGCUGGCCGCCUUGGGAAGAGGCCAGGGGCUUGGCAGGAGGGCGGCUGGGCGGGGCCGAGUCCUCGGGGCAGCUGCCCCUCUGGUUGUUUCUUCCGUUUGUUCUGUUGACCUGCCGCCCUGUGCACCUGUCAUCCCUCCUUUAAGCAAAAGUCCUCUUCCUGUUCCCUCUGUCCCCACCCCGUUCCCCAAGAAAAUAAGCUAUCAUCGUUGUGUUUGCAAUCUAUGGAUUAGAGGUUUAAGUAUUUAUUAUUGGUUAAUUAUUAUUAUGAUUGAUUAUGUAAACUUGCCUUCUGUCUGUCUAUCGCGUUGGGUUUCUGAGAUGACCCUGGGUGUGGAGGAUGCACUGGUCCCCACCUCCGCGCCCCACCCCUGUGCUGUCCAGGAGACAGUGGUCUGGGGCCACUGGUUGGGCCCCGAACUCUGGAGGCAGGUCCCGCAGCCCCCGGUCCUUUCUUCUCUCUGCCCUCUGCCCUUUCUCUAGGGCCGCCAGCAUCUCUUGUGACUUCGGUCUUGGAGUGUGGGGGGCUCUUGCUCUUGAGGCCCUGGUCACCCCAAAGUGAGCAGCUGCAAUGUGGGGGGAGGUCCUGUCCCUGCCACCCCCUCUCCUGUCCCGGGGGGACCAGGCCCUGGCACAAGCCCCUCCCCGGUCAAUUCCACACACUGCCUGAGGUGGGGCCAGGGCCAGGCCCCAGCCCUCUCCAAGUCUCUCAGCCCUCCUCCCCUUCCCCCACCCCCCUCCCCCCCCCGUCCUGGCAUUGGGGGUGGCCCCAGAAUGGACCCUGCCCCCUCCUAAUAUUUGCUGGGAAGUCCAGCGGAGGGGAGGUGGCAGGUCCCCCGCAUGGCUCCCAGUCUCUCUGGACUGGGUGUCCCGCUCCUGCCUCAGAACCCCUCCCCCAGCGCGGCCACACUCUGCUCCCUGUCCUGUCCCCUUCUUUUGUAUUUGGAGACAAUGUGUUGUAAUAAAUCCCAAGAUGGACGUUUUC